CGCGUUUGGAGAGGUUCAAGGACAGACUGUUACGCGCUGUGCGCACAUGAAGACGCAACGCAUUUCAUGCACCUUUGGGGACGAUGUGAAGCUACUGGUCUGUGAUUAAAGCCCACAUGGGUUUCCACAGUUCUCUGUGGAUUCCCUUCAUGAAAAUACGAUGACCUUUAGGAAACACUUGACUGGUUUCGUGCGGCUGAGGAACCGGAGAGGGAACCGCCUCGCCGUCAUUCUGCUGCGGAUAACGCGACGGGAUUUCGGCUUCUGCCUCUUUCUAUUCUGUCUGGGAUCUGUGUUAUAUCAGCUCAGCGGAGGAGCACCACAAAUACUCAUUCAUGUCAGAUAUUAUCUCGGAAGAUUUGCUGAUGGAAGUGAUUCAUUCCCACCCAGAGUUUUCCCGAGUCAGGUUGUGUACAACAGAGUUGGUAAGUGUGGAAGUCGCACAAUGGUGUUGUUGUUGCGUCUCUUGGCGGACAGACAUCAGUUCACGCUCAUCUCCUCUGAUAUUCACAACAAGACCAGACUGAGCAAACGUGAGCAGGCAAAUCUGGUUCAAAACAUCAGCAGCACAGCUCCUCAGCCUUUUCUCUACACCCGACAUGUGCAUUUUCUGAAUUUUAGCAGGUUUGGAAAAGAUGAGCCCGUCUACAUCAACAUAAUCAGAGAUCCUAUCAGUCGAUUCUUAUCCAAUUAUUUCUUCCGGCGGUUUGGUGACUGGAGAGCUGAAGAGAAUCAUGUCGUCCGCACGCCUGGGAUGAGAGAUGAUGAAAGAUAUUUAGACAUUAACACGUGCAUCUUGGAAAACUACCCAGAAUGCUCCAAUCCCAGACUGUUUUACAUUAUCCCAUUUUUCUGUGGGCAGCAUCCUCAAUGCAGAGAACCGAGCGAGUGGGCUUUGGAGACGGCUAAGCAGAACGUUCUGGAACAUUAUCUACUGGUGGGGCUCUUGGAGGAACUUGAGGAUGUCCUGCUUCUGCUGGAGAGACUGCUUCCACAUUUCUUUUCUGAUGUCUUCAAAAUCUACAGAAGUCCAGAUUACAGAAAAUUGGGCAACCAGACAGUUACCGUCCAUAAACAGACUCCUAAUCUAAAGGCGCUGAAGGUGCUUUAUCAGCGAAUGGAAUACGAGUACAAAUUCUACAACUUUAUUAAAGCUCAGUUUCACCUGACCAAGAGAAAGAUCGGUCUGAGAACAAACCCACGGUCCUCUAGACGUUCUUCUAGUGUACUUCAGAGGAUGGAGCUACUAGAAAGACUGGAGGAGGAAGAAGAAAUUUACUCCCCUGGGUGGAGCAACCCUGAUACCCUGUCCUAAGAUCAGAAAUAAUUUAAACAUAUUUUAAAGGUGCACUGUGUAACUUUUAGAAGUAUCUCUUGACAUAAAUGCAAAAUAAUAUACAUAACUAUGUUAUAAGUGGUGUAUAAAAACUUUACAUUAAUGUUUUUUAUUACCGUUUGCACCAUCAUGUUUCUACAGUAGCCCUAAACAGACAAACUGAUCUGAUCUGUAGAGCGCAUUUCGUUACUACAUUGUCUCAGAUGACAUGUUUGUCCUGUGGCGGCUACCGUAGCUUCUCUAUGCAUUUCGAAAGGGAGGGGUGAGCUUUGGAGAGAGCGUUCUUUGCAAUCUCACCACUAGAUGCCGCUAAAAUCUACACACAACACCUUUAAUAUAAAAUUAUCAUGUGUAUGUUUAAAUGGUUUGUUAGAUACUGUACAUUGCAAUAAACAUGAAACCUAAAACACUAGAAAUAACCUGUUUAACAUAAAACUGGACAAAGGUUAAGAA